AUGGGGAUCGAUAUCAAGCAUGCUAAUUACUACAUGGGUUCCCUGUUUUACACAACUAUACCAAUUAUCAUGGUCAAUGGGUCACCUGAGCUAGCCAUGACAGUUUCAAGGCUUCCAUGCUUUCUACAAACAAGGGAUCUCCUCUUCUAUCCAGCAUGGGCGUAUGCUAUUCCAGCUACCAUUACAAAGAUUCCAAUAUCACUGAUUGAAUCUUUGAUCUGGACAUCAGUGACUUACUAUGGUAUCGGUUACAGUCCUGAGGCAGCAAGGUUCUUUCGUCAAUUCUUCCUCUUGUUUGUUGUUCAUCAGACAGCUUUAGCCAUAUACCGUUUUCAAGCUUCAUUUUGCCAGACUUUAGUGGCUUCCAUGUUUAUUAGUUCUGUAAUAUUUAUGGUGUUCUUAUCAACUGGUGGCUUCAUUCUCCCUAGGUCCUCUAUGCCAAGUUGGUUGAGAUGGGCAUUUUGGGUCUCUCCAUUAACAUAUGCAGAGGUUGGAUUAACAGUUAAUGAGUUCUUCACACCAAGAUGGCAAAAGAUGUUCAUCUCAAACACAACACUUGGCAAUCUUGUUUUGAGCAACCAUGGAUUGGUGUUCAAGAGCUACUCUUAUUGGAUAUCAGUGGGGGCAAUUCUUGGAUUUGCUUUGAUUUUCAAUGUGGGGUUUAUUUUGGCUUUGACUUUCAGAAAAUCUGUUGGGAAGCCUCGUUCUAUUAUUUCUCGUGAGAAGCUCUGUCAGAUAAACAGCCACAAUGAUCUUCAUAACGAUAUUCACUUAAAGGGCAGCACAACUAUCACAUUUCCUGCUAGCACAAAAGAGACUAACGCAAGAGGAAGGAUGAUGGUGUUGCCUUUCCAACCUCUUGCAAUAACAUUUGAAGAUAUCUGUUAUUAUGUUGACACACCUGUGGAAAUGAAAGAACAGGGAUAUAGAGAGAAUAAGCUCCAGCUGCUGCACAAUAUCACAGGAGCAUUCAGACCUGGUAUACUUUCAGUUUUGAUGGGUGUCAGUGGAGCAGGGAAAACCACACUCCUGGAUGUUCUUUCGGGAAGGAAAACCAGUGAAGAAUCAGUCAUCUUUUCUGCUUGGCUUCGUCUACCAAAAGACAUUGGCUCAAAGACUAAAUAUGAAUUUGUGAAUGAGGUUCUUGAAACAAUUGAGGUAGAUGAUAUUAAAGACGCAUUAGUCGGUAGACAGGGAGUUGAUGGGCUGUCAACCGAGCAAAGGAAACGGCUGACAAUUGCUGUAGAGCUUGUAGCGAAUCCCUCCAUUUUAUUUAUAGAUGAACCAACUUCAGGACUUGAUGCUAGAUCAGCUGCAAUUGUCAUGCGAGCUGUCAAAAAUGUUGCUGAAACAGGAAGAACUGUUGUUUGCACUAUCCACCAGCCCAGCAUUGAUAUAUUUGAGGCAUUUGAUGAGCUAAUGCUAAUGAAAAAGGGAGGAAAACUAAUUUAUUCUGGACCACUGGGACAGCAUUCAAGAAGAGUUAUUGAAUAUUUUGAGAAAAUUCCCGGUGUUCCAAAAAUUAAACAUAAUUACAAUCCUGCAACAUGGAUGCUAGAAAUUACUUCUGCAUCUGUAGAGGAACAACUCGGCAUUAAUUUUGCACAAAUCGACAGAGAGUCAACCAUUUACAAUGAUAACAAAGAGCUAGUUAAACAGUUAAACACACCAACACGAGGUUCAAGAGAUUUACAUUUUCCUACUCGUUUUCCACAAAAUGGUUGGGAGCAAUUCAAAGCUUGUCUGUGGAAGCAACACUUGUCAUAUUGGAGAAAUCCUUCAUAUAACUUGCUCCAGUGGAUUUUUAGUAUUUUAUCUGCUGUGAUAUUGGCAACAUUGUUUUGGAAGCAUGGACAGACAUUAAACAAUCAGCAAAGCUUGCUCAACAUCCUUGGCUCACUGUAUGGCGCAAUAAUGCUGAAUGGCUACAACAACGGCUUAUCAGUGAUUCCCUUUGUGGUAACUAAGCGGGAUGUUCUCUACUGUGAAAAAUAUUCAGGAAUGUAUUCUCCAUGGGCAUAUUCCCUUGCACAGGUGGUAAUUGAGAUCCCUUAUAUAUUCAUCCAAGUAUUGUCAUUCAUGAUUGUGGCGUACCCAGCAAUAGGCUACUACUGGUCAGCUUACAAAUUCUUAUGGUUCUUCUACGCCAUGUUCUGCGCAUUGCUCUGCUACGCUUACCUUGGAAUGUUUGUUGCUUCAUUGACUCCAAAUGUUAAAAUGGCGACCAUAGUCUCAUCGUUCUUCUUCCAAAAUUUCAAUCUAUUCUCUGGUUUCAUUAUUCCAGGCCCACGUAUUCCAAAGUGGUGGAUUUGGUUUUACUACUUCACACCCAUGUCCUGGGCAUUGAAUGCUAUCUUCUCUUCACAAUAUGGAGAUAUUCAGGAGGAGAUACAAGAGUUUGGGAAAACCAAAACAGUGGCCAUUUUUCUCCAGGAUUACUUUGGAUUUCACCAUCAUCAGCUUGAACAAAACCGGGAGGCUCGAGCUGAGCCACAGCAGACAAGUCUUCAUAUAGGCAGGGCAGAAUUUUUACAAAUGUGA